AUCGUACAGUAUGGGGGUUUUGAAUGAGAGAGAUUAUUGAGAUUCGGGCCAGGGUCAAUAGUUCGUCCUUUUAUUUUUCUUUUAUUAUUAUUAUUAUUUCGUCCAUUAUAUUAUUAUUUGAGAAGGGUGAGAUUUUUUUCCUUUUGGUAGAGAAUGGAAAGGGUGAGAUAAUCCAUCAAAAUUCGAUCAUUCGACGGUCGUCGUCUACUCGUCUGGUGUUGGUGCUGAUUCCCUUACUGCCCUCCUCGUACCCAAGUCCUGCGGCAAUGGAAUGGAGCUCUAAAAAAGUGUGAGCGAUUUCAACUGCAGAGACCGGGCGACUUCCUACUCCCUCUACUACUGUUCAAUUUUCAGUUUCCCGGCGGGGAGAGACAGAGAUAGACAGGCAGACACACGAUCGGUCUCCCCUGGUCUCACUUAACUGAAAAAAAAUAAUGGCUUUUGGUUCUUUCAGUCAUGGGAGUUCAGCAUCAUCGUCAAACCUGUCGCCCUUAGCACAGCCUUUCACUGUUGAUCGUUUCCUUCCCAAACCCAAUCUAAACCCACUCGUACCUUUUGGUGAGGACCCUUACUUGCAUUCCUACCCGCCUGCUUUCGACAAUUGGCACCAUUUGCCCCCUCCUACUUCCUUACCGGAUUCAUUCUCCUGUUCUAAUUCCUAUUCUGACUCAGCCUCGACCCAUGCCCCCAAUCUCUCCUGUGCCACCAAUUAUGGGUACUACGGUUCUCAGUCUAUCAACUCAUUUGGUACCCAUAUAAAGCCCAAUACUGCAACUUCUUCUGUUGUUUCCUUCCCUUAUGAUCAGCAGCAGUCGGAGAGCAUUAGAACUACUCUUGUUGAAGCAAAGCCAUAUUAUCCCCAGUACCCAUCAUUAUCUAUUCAUGAUGAUACGUCCCCUGUGGUACUCAAUGAGUCUGCUUGUGAUAUGUUGUCAGCUUCUAGUUUUGCUCCUUUUGAUGGGGCCUAUCAUACUGGUUACACUGGAGGCUUUUCUGUGGACUACAUGGAUCAGUGGAAUGGCUUUUGUGACAGUCUGCCUGAUGAGGAGCAGGGUAGAAGGAAGGGCCUUGAUGGAAAUUCGCUCAUCAGCAGGAACUAUGGCACCAUUUCAAUGACUGACAAAAGUUCCCUAAAGCAAGGUAUGUAUGUAUUUUUUUUUCCUAGCAAGUUGGAGUCCCAAUAAAACUUAGUUUCCGUU